AUGCAGACUUCGAUCGCGAACAUCAGCAAGGACGAGCAAAUUCAGAAGCUGAGGAGUAUUUUCGCAACUUCCGAUAUUCCGAACGAUCCGAAGGUUUGGGAUAAAGCCUGGGUCGAGAGCACAACACCGUGGGAUGCAAGCCGAGCUCAGCCAGCGCUGGUAGAGCUGCUCAACGGUGUGCACGAUGCAGACACCAAGGUACCCGAUCUUCAAGGCAACCAGAUUCCUGUAUCACAAGUCAUCCCUAAGGGAGACGGUCUUGCUGUCAUUCCUGGCUGUGGAAGAGGCUACGAUGCUAGGAUCUUCGCUGAACGUGGUCUGACCAGCUACGGUCUCGAUAUCAGCUCCAGUGCUGUGGUUGCCGCAAAGAAUUGGCUCAAAGACCAGAACCUACCUGCUGACCUCGACUCCAAAGUCAUCUUUGAAGAGGCCGACUUCUUCACCCUCGGCACUGACAAGGCUUCCUCUCCAGCUCUAUCAAAGCCAGGACAAGCAUCGCUCUCCUACGACUACACAUUCCUGUGCGCCAUCCCGCCUUCCCUCCGCACGAGCUGGGCUGAGACCUACACGAGACUAAUGGCUAAAGACGGUAUCCUCAUCGCCCUUGUCUUCCCUAUUCACGGCGACCGACCAGGUGGACCUCCCUUCUCAAUCUCGCCCGAGCUGGUGCGUGAGCUUUUCAGCGCUCAGAAAAACUCGGAUGACGGAGCGGCGUGGCAAGAGCUUGCAAAUCUGCGGCCUAAAGGGGAAGGGACGCAACCCGAUGUGCAGCGCGUGAUGGUUUGGCGCCGCCUCUGA